AUGAAGGCGUCAGAUACAACUCCCGAAACACCUAUUGCUUCCGACUUUCAAGCUCCAGAUUAUGCGCAUACCGUAGAUGUUGAUGUCGACACCACAGAGUCGCCUUGGGACACGAUCUCUGUAGAAAGUUGCGCUUCUGAACCCGUUAUGCGCGGUUCAUCUGGAAUCAGUUACCGCUUGAGACAGUGGGUGAAAAGACCAGGGCGCAGACGUCAGAUGCGUGCCCAUCCAGACGACCCUUCUGCAUCGACUAUGAGCGAGCCAUGGGAUGAGAAGAAAGAACGAAUACGACAGGCAAGUCCUUAUGGACGAUUGCUAGGAUGGGAUCUCCUUCCUGUAAUCGUAAAAAGCGGAGACGAUUUGUUGCAGGAGUUACUAGCAUAUCAACUUUUAGUAACACUUAAGGAAAUAUGGGAGGAAGAAGAUGUGCCGUUAUAUUUGCGACCAUACAAAAUAGUGGUUACAUCGCCGGACUCAGGGAUGAUUGAGCCCAUACUAGACGCUUGCUCAUUGCAUCAGAUCAAACGCAAUCAGAGUGCUUUGUAUCGGGAAGAAGGAAAAACUGACGAACCAUCUCUAGAGGCUCAUUUUGUCGAGACAUUUGGACCGAAAGGUUCUUCAACAUACCUUCAGGCACAGCAGAAUUUUGUGCACAGUUGCGCAGCCUACUCCCUCGUUUGCUACUUUUUACAAGUGAAAGACAGGCACAAUGGUAAUAUUCUGAUUGACGCCGAUGGUCAUUUGAUACAUAUAGACUUCGGCUUCAUUCUCUCAAUAUCCCCAAGAAAUCUCGGUUUUGAGACUUCGCCAUUCAAACUCACAUCAGAACUGAGAAUCAUUGCAGCAAGGAAACAUCACGAACGAAUCAUGACGAUAGUACAGAUAAUGUCUAAAGGUUCUCAGCUGCCAUGUUUUCGAGGUGGUGCUGCGAUGUUGCGAGCUUUGAAGGGGCGGUUCCACAUGAAUUAUACUGACGCAGAACUGCAGAAGCUGGUUGAUACUCUGGUGGAGCAGAGUCGAGAUUCGCUAACCACAAGACUCUACGACAAUUUCCAAUACUAUACAAAUGGAAUUUUAUAA